UCCUCUAUUAUGUAUGAACUUUAUCACACUUCAUUAAAUUUCCAGGUCUUCAAUCACCCUUCGUGUUCAUCUCACAUCACACCUCUCUCAUAUCCCAAUAUUCCCAACUUCACAAUCUUACAAGAUGUCGUCCACCAACAUCUUCUCCCUCGAGGCUCCCCUACCCUCAUCCAUCAAAACCUACCGAGCAGCCUAUGCUGAAGGCAGUCAGCACCCCGUGAGGGCCUUCAGCCCUUCUUCGAGCCCCCACAAAUACUCACAAUCGCACUUCGCACGGUCGCGAUCCUCAAGCCCAACGGAGGUAGCUCACAGUGAGCUGAAUGCCUCUAGCCGUCUGCCAAACCCGCGGCGAUUCUCAAAAUCGCAAAAAGCUAGGAUCGCGGGCUCCAAGAAAGAACCAGAGUGCAUUGAAGCACUCCAGGGUGAGGCUUUAGAGUAUCAUGAAUGCCUCCAAACCCUGCCAACCCUGCCAACCCUGCCACGGUCCGCACACAACUACCAACCCUACGCCCCACCCGCACCCCCUCCCAUCCUCCCCUGGACCAGGCACAAUCUCUACCAACAAAUCAUUAACAUCGCGCCCGCAGUAUUCUUAAGCUGCAAUCUAACCAACCCCGUGCAUUUGGCUAGUAUACUAGCGCAUGGGUGCGAGUGGGAUGUUGUGGAGAGUGUGGCGCAGGGUAUGACGCCUGCGGUGCUGAGUACCUCCGGGAGUAAGGUUGAGGGUUUGUUGGUCGGUGGUCUACUUCCGGAAGCGUUUGAGCUGCUUGAGGCGAUGUUUCGACGUAGGUACGGUGAAAAAUGUGAAAGAGCUGUGGAGGAGAUUGAUGUACGGGCUGAGGAUGGGAGUGUGGUGAUGGUGCCUGCAUAUGUGUUUCGGAAGGCUUAGGAUGGUCCGAAUGACUGGGGGCCCGUUGUUGCUGUCACUGAUACCCUUUGUGCUUAUGCUGUUGCUACGAUUGUGGAGGUUAGGUUAGGUGGCGCGAGUGCCUUCAGGCUUUGUAUUGACUUCA